UCUGUGGAGCCUUUUUAUACCUCCUUCCCCGGAGUCCGGCAGCAGCCGCCGCCGCCGCCGCCGCCGCCACCCGAGCGUCCUAGCGCCUCCGCUCCAGGGGCUGGGCUCCGAGUUCCAGCGCGCCGGGCACCGCCGUAGCCAGCCAGCAUGUCCGAGGUCAAGAAGCAGAAGACGGAGAACCAGCAGAAAUCCACCAAUGUCGUGUAUCAAGCCCAUCACGUGAGCAGGAAUAAGAGAGGGCAGGUGGUUGGAACACGGGGUGGUUUCCGAGGAUGUACCGUAUGGCUGACAGGUCUCUCUGGUGCUGGAAAAACAACCAUCAGUUUUGCUCUGGAAGAGUAUCUCGUCUCCCACGCCAUCCCUUGCUACUCCCUCGACGGGGACAACGUCCGUCGUGGCCUCAACAAAAACCUUGGAUUCUCUCCUUGGGACAGAGAGGAAAAUAUCCGCCGGAUUGCAGAGGUGGCCAAGCUGUUUGCCGACGCUGGUCUGGUCUGCAUUACCAGCUUCAUUUCUCCUUUUGCAAAGGAUCGUGAGAAUGCCCGCAAAAUCCAUGAAUCAGCAGGACUGCCCUUCUUUGAGAUCUUUGUAGAUGCGCCUCUAAACAUUUGUGAAAGGAGAGACGUAAAAGGCCUCUACAAACGGGCCCGAGCUGGGGAGAUCAAAGGGUUUACGGGUAUUGAUUCUGAUUAUGAAAAACCUGAAACUCCUGAGCUUGUGCUUAAAACCAAUUUGUCCUCCGUGAGCGACUGUGUACAGCAGGUGGUAGAGCUUCUACAGGAGCAGAACAUUGUACCCCACACUGUAGUCAAAGGCAUCCACGAACUCUUUGUACCAGAAAACAAACUCGACCAAGUCCGAGCUGAGGCCAAAGCACUCCCUUCGUUAUCAAUUACCAAGCUGGAUCUUCAGUGGGUCCAAGUUUUGAGUGAAGGCUGGGCCACUCCCCUCAAAGGUUUUAUGAGAGAAAAGGAGUACUUGCAGGUUAUACACUUUGGCACCCUGCUAGACGAUGGAGUGAUCAACAUGAGCAUCCCUAUAGUACUGCCCGUCUCUGCGGAUGAUAAGACACGGCUGGAAGGCUGCAGUGAGUUUGUCUUAACACACGGAGGACGGAGGGUUGCUAUCUUACAAGAUCCUGAAUUCUACGAACAUAGAAAAGAGGAACGUUGUUCCCAUGUGUGGGGCACAACGUGUGAAAAACACCCCUAUAUCAAAAUGGUGAUGGAAAGUGGGGAUUGGCUGGUUGGUGGUGACCUUCAGGUGCUGGAAAGAAUACAGUGGAAUGAUGGGUUGGAUCAAUACCGCCUGACACCUCUGGAGCUCAAACAAAAGUGUAAAGAAAUGGAUGCUGAUGCAGUGUUUGCAUUUCAGUUGCGCAAUCCUGUCCACAAUGGCCAUGCUCUGUUGAUGCAGGACACCCGCCGCAGGCUCCUGGAGAGAGGCUACAAGCACCCAGUCCUGCUGCUCCACCCCCUGGGUGGCUGGACCAAGGAUGAUGACGUGCCCCUGGACUGGCGGAUGAAACAACAUGCAGCUGUGCUCGAAGAAGAGGUUCUUGAUCCCAAGUCAACUAUUGUUGCCAUCUUCCCAUCUCCCAUGUUAUAUGCUGGCCCCACAGAGGUCCAGUGGCACUGCAGGGCCCGGAUGGUUGCAGGGGCCAAUUUCUACAUUGUGGGCCGGGACCCUGCAGGAAUGCCCCAUCCUGAGACCAAGAAAGACCUGUAUGAACCCACUCAUGGGGGAAAGGUCUUGACCAUGGCCCCUGGCCUCACCUCUGUAGAAAUCAUUCCAUUCCGAGUGGCUGCCUACAACAAGGCCAAGAAAGCCAUGGACUUCUAUGAUCCAGAAAGGCACAACGAGUUUGACUUCAUCUCAGGAACUCGUAUGAGGAAGCUGGCCCGGGAAGGUGAAAAUCCUCCAGAUGGCUUCAUGGCCCCCAAAGCAUGGAAAAUCCUGACAGAUUAUUAUGCGUCCCUGGAGAAGAACAACUAAAUGCCCUUCAGAGCCAGUUUCUUUUUGAAUUGCUCUUUGAUUUCUUUUUCUAUUUUUGUGAUUAGAUACUUUUCAAUUGCUUCUCAAUGAUUGAUUUCAUUUAGUUUAUAUAUAUAUAUAUACUGUAUAUAUACCACACACAGUAUGUGUGGUAUAUAUACAGUAUAUAUAGUAAAACUGAAGACCAAACUUUAGCAGGUAAAAUAAAUAUUGUUAUCAUUUUGGAAUGAAAUUACUUUUCUACUGCAUCUGAGCAGUAGCUCCUAGAUUUCUUAAAGCUUUGACCAUGUGUCUCCUUUACUUGCCAAAAAGUAAAGCAUAUUUUCCAGCUGAAGUCUUGCCAACUUGCACUCUCCAAUGUCAUAUACCAGUAGAAGAAAUCAGAUGGGCAGCUUCCUAUAUAGCUGUCAAUGAAAAAAAAAAAGAAAAUCUCACCCUAAAUGAGUGGUUGCUCAUGUCAAGAUUCUCCUUUGUUUCCCUCAUGCCCAAAUCCAGCCUUAAUGCUGAGUCUCUUCUGUGCUGAUGUAUGACCCGACUGGAGAAACCCAAUGAGUGAAAAUGUGAAGUUAAUCUCAGAGAGAUAUGCAACCUAGUUCUGCCACGAAAAUUACAUUUGUCUAAUAAGAGAAGUCUUUUUUCUGUGAAUAACAGAACUCCAGUUAAACACUGACUUUUAAUUAAAUGGUGACUUUUAAUUAAAUAACAUACAGGGCUUUGAUGAAAAGAUUUGCACUCAGGCCUCAAUCUGGCAAUGUUGUGGAGACUUUUCUCCUCUUUGCUGUGGUCAUUGUUUUCUAUGGAGAUGCUGGGCCUAUUAACUGCAGUGGCAUCGGCUGUGACCAGACACGAUUCAGACCCAUCAGACUAUUGAGCUGCUGGAACCGGACAAAAACAUAGGGAAAGUCCAACCUUUUCAUCUUACAGGUGACCAGACUAAGAUGAUCCACAAGCACAGGCUUGCUGAGAGCACUGUAACUAAAGUGCCAAGUUGGCAUUUUGGAAGUGCUGGUGGCGCUGAAGGAGCACCCAGCUCUCCUGACUCAGGCGGAUACUGUCUACACUGUACAACACAGGGGCUGGGUCUGGUUCCUGUCAACUGCUCAACAAAACUCCUUAAGGGGGCACUUAACCAAGAAGUCUUCUUGGAUGCUGAAAGGUCCAGAGUUUUUAAAACCCAGCUGAUUUUAUUACAGUUGGGAAAAAAAAUUUUUUUUCUAAAGACUCAGCAUGCUGUUCAGAGACAUCCAACCUCUGAUGGCUUUACUCUCUGGGAGGCAAUCUGGCCCCUUUUGUGUAAUUCCUUGUUGCUUAGGAAUAUAUGAAGAAAUAGUACCUUUUGUACAUAGGUCUCUCUGGAAGAGACUCUGGAAAGAGAAAACUGUGAUUUUUUUUUCAUUUUUUUUUUUUUAAAGAAAAUGCUAAUCCAAGCUAAUGAAACUUCUUUUGAGAAAUAAAUCACAAUGGCCACAGCAAAGUAUGACUGUCUUUAAUAGUAUUAUAGUGCCUAUAUUCAUGUAAUCAGAGGUCCUACUGCCUUUUUAAAAACAGCAUAUUUAUUGAAAACAUGAGACAAUGUAGUGCCUUAAUCAAUAUAUUUUGUGAGUUUUUAAUAUAUUUAAAACUGCUCUUCUGCUUGAGUAGUACUUAGUGCAAAUGACUAUUUCUAUGUACAACUGAUGCUUAUUCUUAAUAAAUUUCCAAGAUAAA